AUGUUUAGGUUUUUGGGAUCUUCAGGCCAGAAUAUCAAAGACAUAAGAGCAUAUAGCAAACUCUCUGAUGCUUUAGAUAUAAUGGAAAAAACAUUGGAUUGGGGCCACCUUUGUCCAACAGCUCCUGACACUUUGAAUUGCUAUCCAUAUUUGGAUGAAGAUCCCUUUGUUCUUAAUGAAUACCCUCAUAUUUACUUUGCUGGCAAUAUGCCGAAAAUGGAUUUUAGGCAAUAUGGAGAAAAACCAGUUUUGAUGGUUAGUGUUCCAAAGUUUCAAGAGACUUACACAGCAACAUUAAUUAAUUUGAGAACUCUGGAAGUUGAGCCAAUAACUUUUGGUUAUAAUCCGAAUUAAUACAAUGUUUAAUUUUAACAUUUCUAUGUCACAGCUAAUUUGAAGGAAGAACUACUAGAAGGAAACUCGAAGUUGCAUCAUAAGUGUUUUUAAAUUUUAUUUUAAAAUUGCUGUCUUUUAUUCCAAUAUAUAUAUAUAUAUAUUUAAUAAUAAUAUAUUGCAUGAAAAUAAUUUUUUCCUUUUUUUGGUUGAGUCAUGAAUAAACUUCUCAUUUUUUAUAAAGGGAAAUUUAUGUAUGAAGCUAACAUAAAUCAAUCAGUUAUUUCAACCUAUUUUGUAUGCUACAAAAUAAGUAGUAUUAUUAUUUUAUGUUUAUAAUUGUGCACGUAGAGACUAUUAUUGUUCUGCUGAUGUGUUCAUAUUUUUCAGCUUUAUUAAUUUGUUUAUUUACAGAUCUUUAAGAUUGGUUGAAAAUUUUUACAUUAAAGAUUAUUUUUUGUAUUCUUUUGAAGCUUAUAAUGUCAGAAUCUACUGGUUAUGUCUCUUUCCUAUACGAAAUAAAUAAAUAAAGGAAGAAAAGCUUUUUUAA